AUGCGGCUGGCUCUACGAUGGCUGGGGUUUCUUGUCCCCGUUGUAGUGCUGUGCCUGUAUCUCUUACGCUCCGGCGGGCCGCGUCUCCCGGACGCCACUGCCGGCCACGGCCUCGGUGCCGCGUUCCUACCUCCCGCUGUGCCCACCGGCACGAAACCUGCUGGAUCUGCGCCUUCCAACUCCCGGUCCCAGUCCCACGACCAGAUCAGCGCCUUCUGGCAAACAUGGAGCCAGCGAAUCCUCGAUGCCCGGCCGGACACGCAUCCGAUUGCCUUGACGGGUACGGCAUCGAUAGGCCGGCCGCCGAGGCCAGAUGCGCCGCGAAGACCCUACACCGACUACGUCCGGAAUCCUAGCGGACAGGUCGAGGAGCUGCGCCUGGCCCACAAGAAGUUCGUGGCGGCGCUUGAGACGCUCAAGAACGGUGACCACGAGGGACCGUUCCAGGGCCGAGGGGUCGUCAUGGUCGGUGGCGGGGAAUACUUUGGGCCUGCAAUCAUCGGCAUCCACAUGCUCCGUCGGACGGGGUGUUCGCUGCCAGUCGAGCUUUUCGUGCCAGACGACGACGAAUACGAGGAGGAGAUCUGCGAGCAAUACCUGCCCAAGUUGAACGCCAAGUGCGUGGUCCUGUCGGCCUUCCAGCGUCAGGGCGGCAAGCACGCGCGGCCGCUGUCGAUCAAACACUACCAGCUGAAAGCCCCCUCCUUGCUGCUAUCCUCCUUCGCGGAAGUGCUUCUGCUGGACAGCGAUAGCAUUCCUCUCUUGGAUCCCGAGACGUCUAUCUUCAGCACAGAACCUUACCUGUCCAAGGGCCUGGUAAUUUGGCCAGACUUUUGGUCCGCGACAGAGUCCCCUCGCUUUUGGGAGAUCGCAGGGCUCCCGGAAUAUCCAACCGACCUGCCAUCUCAUUCAAGCGAGUCUGGCCAACUCGUUGUGAACAAAAAAACACACCUUGCACCCCUCCUCCUCGCCACGUAUUACAACAUCUACGGUGACCACCACUAUUAUCCCCUGCUCAGCCAGGGCGCUCUGGGCCAGGGCGACAAGGAGACUUUCUUGGCAGCUGCUGUGGCGUUGGGUUCCCCCUACUACACAGUCAAGACUGGCGCGUCGAGCUUAGGUAGGCACGAUGGAUCGCAGCACAAGGGGACAGCGAUCAUACAGCAUCUCCCUGUGGACGACUUGAGAAAGAGCACCGGGGGAUCAGACCUUGUCCGUCCCGCUUUUCUUCAUUCUAACACGCCAAAGAUGAACGCGGGGCAUCUCGUAGAUGAAGGGGACCUAAUCGCAACUGAUGGCCAGUCCAGACUGCGAUUGCUUGGGCCCAAGGCAGACUUGGAGAAGCUCUUUGGAUUCGAUGCCGAGGACACACUCUGGGACCUUCUUGUUCAGACCGGAUGCGAACUUGCUAGCACCAUCCGCGAAUGGAAAACGCGGGACCGGCUCUGCGAACGGCUAACGGAGCACCACGCAUUGGUGUUCAACGAUCGGUAG